GCUCAGCCCUGGCCUGGGCCGUCCUCCUGUGCACACUCUGCACCUCCCAGGAGACACCCCAACUUGUGGAAACAGUGGGCUUUGGGUAGAUGGGGUCCAGACUUCGUUUUUUUGUAGGAGAGUUUUAGGACUUGUUCAGGCCGGUAAAUCACAUCGGGUCUCAGCCCACGGUUCCCCCCUUAUGAGCGCUUGCUGUGUGUUUUGGCCAGUUCUGUUUUACCUGGAAAAUGCUCUCGCCCUCAUAAGCGGGAGGACGCCAGCGCUCGUCAGACUGGGUGAGGACUGCACUGUGAAGGGCCCCCACCUGAGCCUUCCUUCUCCCCCAUAUCUCCCUGCAGAGCCGGUGCCCCUCCCCCCAGAUACAGGCCACGUCACUGUCUGUCACAGCAGGACUGGUGCAAACCUCACCCUGGAGUGCAGAGCCGAGGGGGCCUCGGAGUUCCUGAAUGUGACCUGGUGGCACAGUGACGUCCCCAGGAAGUGGCAGCAGAGAGGGACCCUGGGACCAGGCUCCAGCGCCUGGCCCCUGGCUGUGAGCCUGCCCCUGGAGCAGCUCAACACCAGCUUCACCUGUGCAGUCAGCAACCAGGUGGACCGGAAAACGGCCACCACCACCCUGGGGGACGUCUGUGCCCGUUAUUCCCAGGGACAGGCCACUGGUCGCCACGUGGCAGGCAUUGCAGGUGCUGUCAUGGUCGUACUGCUGACUGUGGUAGCCGGACUCUACUUUUGGAAGAAACGUGGGAAGAAGAAGGAGAUGGAGGCUGGAACAGGUGCGGGACUGAAGGAUGGCUGUCGGGUCCAUGAGGAUGGCAUCUGCUAUGCAGAGCUGAGCCAGCAAGUGUCUCAGGAGGGAGGGGACAAGGGCGUCCGUGAGCAACCUCUGGAAGGAAAGAUACCUGUCACUACUAUCUACAGUGAGGUCCACAGGCCAGGACAGGCCGCGAAGGUCAUUUGAGUGGAAGAAGCAGGAGAAGGCAGCGCUCCCAGGAUGUCUCCGUUCCCAGCAGGACGGCUGCGCACACGACCUCUCCCAGCUCUGCUCCAGCUCCCGCGACUCUAACCCUUGUGCCCUAGCUCCCUGGUCACACACGGCCAAUGGCACGUGUGGCACUUUUUCUGUUGGUAGAAAUGGGAUCUCUGGGAAUGUGGGCACCCCCGCUGCUGGGUGGGCCAUCAUCACUGCGUUAUCGCCACGGAAACAGCACAGGGGAGGAGGGUGCCUGGCUUGCUCUCGUGCUUCCUGCAGCCUCUGGCCUCGGUCACCACCACACUUCCUGGGUCCUCUACUCAUGGGCCAUGCCACCGCUGCUCCAAUGGUUCUGCACGUCCACGAGGCCCAACCCACCCGCCGUCAGAGGUACUGAUGUAUGGCUCUUCCGGGGGUCCUCCUGUGUGGUGCAGAGGAUUCUUUGUUGGGCGAUGGUGUCCCAGUGACUGACUGCGGCUUAACGGGGGGAGGCAAAGGAAAGACUCAGGCUGUCACACUGCUGAUUCUGCUUUUCCUGUAAGAGGAAGGGCUUCCACCAAAGGAUGCUGACUUCCGGUGCGGAGGGGCAUGACACCAGGGUGGUCCCUGGCUCUGAACAGGCAGAACCUGUGAUAGGAGAGCGGCUCUAAACCGAAUCGCUGUCAGAUUCCAUCAGAAUUGUUGCACACUUCCCACCUUGGACCCCAGCACCUCCUGGCUGAGUUGGAAAGUACAUUCAGAUCCGAUGAAUUGGUCCCCUUGAGAAGAGGGCCAGAGCCAGAAAGGACCGUGAGGUUACAUGACCAUUAAAAGUGUCCCAGAGAGAGGAGCUCUGCCCCCUCAUUAGAAAAAUGAGGCAGUGAGAUAUGACACAGGGCGGAGGAGCUUGGGCCACAGUGAAUGUUGUGAUUUGUCUUCUUUCCUAUCUAUGGAGGGAAUUUGCAAGGAGCUACCAAAAUCUUCUGAGACGAUGUAAUGAAAUGGACAAAUUUUAUUCACCAAAAUUCCAAAGAGGCUGAGACAGGCAGACAGGCAUGAGAAAAACAUGAGAUAAGCAAGUGGAGUUGAGAGGCUGGACUCCCACUCUGAGGGGGGCGUCACUUGUCAGAGGUGGGAUUUGAAAGGACAGUGAGGGGACUGCCAACAAGAUGGCCGACGCUAUGCCCUGUGAGCCUUCUUAGGACAACCUCCAGAGGUGCAGCGAGCUUAUUUAUGUUCUGCUCCAGUGGCUCAUUUCAGGGAAUGCAAAUAGGUCUGAAUCAUCACAAAACUUUGCAUGGGGUGGGGAGACUGUGAGAACAGAGGGCUCAAAAGUUCCUGGAGACGAGAUGGCACUGGAUCAUACAGGCUGUAAGAGUCGGCCUCAGAUCAAGUUUGAUGAGCUGACAUCUGAGUUACCUAAAGAUGCGCAUCUCGAAAAACACAGGACCAGGUGGAGUCCCUGUCGUGUUACUGACUGACAGGGCGCCAUUGCCCAGUGGUGCACGGUGGGUUUCCACGUGGGGUGAAGCUCAAACUCGGCUGCGUAUUUAGGCGGAUGAGUGUGCAACGCCACGGAUCCACCAGGACUUCAGCAGGAACGGAGCUGCCAUUCUUCCUCUUCCCAGCCAUGUCCACUCCUCCCCUCCCAGGACAAACCCCAGACAGCCCCUCGUGACGAGGAGUCAUAUAUGGGAACUGGAUCAGCAGCUUCCCAGAAUCAUAAACGGCCUCUGUGCGGCCGCACCCAGCCCUCAUGACUGAUCAGCAAGUAUCUCCCUGGCCUCUUGUUCCUCGUUUGUAUUUUACCGGGUCCAGAAGAAAAUUAAAUUGCUUCCCCAAGCAAUAUCAUGGAACAUGUCUGUAUUAGCUUAGUCAGCUUUUAUGCAUGUGCGUUCCUGAGCACCACCUGUAACCCAAGUCUUGUCUGGGGCAGUUGUGAUGGGGGUGAGAAAGCGCACGGAUGGGAGAGAAGGGGAGGUCUUUUUCUUGGACAACUUAUAUUUGUCAAGCCAGCAAGUUAGUUUGUUAAAGGUGCUCAAAUUCACGAAUUAUCAUGGAAAAGGAAAUGAAACAAGAAACCGUUUUUCCUAUCAUACUGACAGUCAGGAUAACAGUGACCCGUAUUGGCAAGACUGUGAGAAAACGGGAACUCCCGUGCACUGUCCGUGGGAAUGUAAACAUGCCCAGCCAUUUGGGGAGCAAUUUGUCAGUAUAUAAAUGCACAAUUCACGUUGAUCUUGAAAUUCUACUUUUAGGAAAUGAUCUUAACAGGCGGAAAGCCGUAUAUUUGCUCAAAGAAACAUGUUAAAGGGUGUUAUGGCUGAAACUGCUAGUUUCCUACCCAUUCUCUACCCUCUUCCUCCCAACUGUGUAUUUGGUGGUAGUGAGGAGCCUACUAAAAACUGACAUUUCCCAGACUCCCUUGUAGGUCAAGGAGGGCCAAUGAAAUGUAAGCAGAAGUCAUUGGGUGGGACUUGAGGGAAAGCUGUCUCACCCAUCUCCUCCUUUCUUCUUUCUGUUGUCUGGAAUGUGGACGUGAUAGCUAGCAUUCCAGCAGCCAAGGUCACAUUUCAGUGACCUUGACGAUGGGAGCCACACGCAAGGACCAGAAACAUACAAGGAGUCUGGGACCCUGACGCUUCACAGAAUCACCAUUUUUUACUCUGCAGUUCUCCCCUACACAUGUUUUCUGGACACGAGACAAAGAAGCUCAUAAUUUGCUCAGGUCCCCAGGGUUAGAGCUCUCUCGUUAGCAGCAAAGUGUGUUUCCAAUAGUCACAGAUUCUAUUGUAACAUUCCUUUAAAAUGAAGGAACAAUGUAGAGCCUAAGUGUCCCUGGCUUCCACUUUCCUGGAAUUUUCCAGAUCCAAUUCAGUCUCAGUACGUGAGAAUCCUUCAUUAAACCUCUUCUUUUUUCUUAAAGAAACUUGAGCGUGAGCCCAUUUUAGCACGUUCCUCUCAAGCUGCUGGAGAACCAAACUUGUAAUGCAAAUAUUUUCAGAUUUCUGGAAAAUAAGACAAGAAGUAUACAAGAUUUAAUAGCUAAAAACUAUAUAGAAGCCCAAAUGAUAUAUUUAAAAAACUGGAAAGUUGUAGAGAGAGAGAGAGAAAAGUAAUGUUCAAAUCUCAGUGAAUAUAGGAAAGGAAAUAUAUAGCAUUCCACUUGUAACAUCUAUAAUUAGUGGAAAAAUGUGUUCAAACUCUUUUUUAUCAAUUUAUAGGAAGGCACUAGUAAAAUUAAAAACAAGGUGUUUACCUUCAGAAUCAUUGGGUGGUAGAGAGGACAAAGAAAGAGUCAGAUUCAAUGUUCUAGAAACUUUUCAUGGCAGGGUUACAAAAAAAUAAAAGAUUUUAAGCUGGCAAUCCCACCAUGGGUAUAUUUACUAAUUUGUGAUUUUACAUUUUAAAGUAUACUCCAAUAAUUAAAAUAUAGAAAUAUGAGAUAUUUGUAUCCAUGGAAUGAACAAUACUUGAGUAAGUUCACAAUGGCUUCAUACAAACCUAGCCAGUAAUAAUCCCUCAAGACAAUGUGCGUUUGCAGUAAGAGUUAUUAUUAACAGUAGUGGAGGCACGGGCGUGUUUCAUGUGGUCUUGAAUUUUUUUGGUGACUUUGAGUUUUUGAAUUCAAAUAUUCAAGCUAGGGAACGUUUGAAGAGCUUACAGCAGAUGCGGGAGCAGGGGCAGCUCCCCAGUGUGUGGUGUGUUCCGUCUAUGGAGUCGGAGGAGAUCUUUGUCAACAACUCUGCCCCGCUGGGCUGGUUGGUUCAGUGCUAUCAUGCCCCCUAGACAGUGAGCAUCUGACCUUGAUGCUGCAAGUUAGAGCACCACCCUGAACCCGCCGGGGCCGCACGCUUUCUCCUGGGGUCGUUCCCUCACACGUGACUGUCUGACAAAUACACCAAGCCAGGGCACCAGGGAAAUCCUGCUAUAUGUUAGGAGGGGUUUUUUCCUUUCUUGUAAAUAAAAAUAUAAACA